GCAAUCUAGUUUAUUAUAUAUAUCUAUGGUUACCGCACAAUUUUACCCGGCUUAACAACAACAGCAGCUGAUAUCGUUCUCUUUUUUAUCGUUAUCAAUUAUGGUUGUUCGUUUAAAUCUUGAUAACAAAAAGUCCAACUCGUGCGGUACGUGCGUAUUUCCGAUUUCGUAUUAUCGUACUUCGUUUGACAAUUGAAGAUCUAGCCAGUUUAUUCUAAAUAAAUGAAGAAUUUAAAAUGACUACAGAAACUGAAACUGCAUAUACAUCAGAUAUUUCAUCCACAAAACUCGAAUAUAUUUCAACUAAACCUGCAGAUACAUCAGAUAUUUCAUUCCAAAAACAAGGAUCGAAUUCAAAUGAAUCAACUAAAAGACUGCUAAAUGAUAUAAAUGAAGAAGAUUGUAAGAAAUUUAAAAAUGAUAAUGGCGUUGAAACACCAAUGUCCAAAAGACAAAUGAAAAAAAUUCUAAAACAGCAAAAAUGGUUAGAAAACAAGCCAUUACGAAGAAAAUUCAAUAAAGAAAAAAAGAAAGAAAAAAGAAAAUGGAAAGCCGAAAUGAAAGCAUCUGGUAACGAAAUACCUAAAGUAAAAACAAAAAAAAUGAGUGAAAGUACAUGUAAGCAGCGUGUUGUCUUAGACAUGUCAUACGAUCAUUUAAUGUCUGAAAAGGACUUAUGCAAGUGUUCAAAUCAAUUACUUAGAUGUUAUGGAAUAAAUCGCAGAAUGGAGAAUCCAAUGCAAUUAUAUUUUUGUAGUUUCGAAGGAAAAAUUAAAGAAACUAUGGCCAAACAUAAUGGGUUUGAAUUCUGGGAUAUAAAUUACAUCACGGAUUCUUUUGACAAAGCGUUCAACAAAGAAGAUAUUGUUUAUUUAACUAGCGAUAGUAAAAAUAUCAUAGAUACUAUGGAUGAAAACAAAAUUUACAUAAUAGGAGGCCUGGUUGACCAUAAUUCGUGUAAAGGUGCUAGUCUAAAAGUCGCAGAAUCUCUAGGUGUUGCUCACGCUCGACUACCUAUUACUGAAAAUAUUGAUAUGAAAACAAGGAAAAUAUUAACUAUUAAUCAUGUUUAUGAAGUGUUGUCAAAGGUAGUUUCUGGCAAUUCUUGGAAAGAAGCCCUUUUAAGUACAUUACCAAAACGUAAAAUAUUUUCAGCAAAACAUGAAAGUUCGUCAGAUGAAGAAAAUCAUAUUAUAAAAAACGAUGAAGAACAAAAUGAACAUACAGAUAUAAUUAACUCUGACAUUGUUGUAGAAGACAAUUCUAAAAACUAAAAAUGUUUUAUUUUUAUAAAUUAAAUCUUGAUACGUUGUUGACAAUAAUUUGUUAUUUAUGUACAAACAAUAUUACAAAAAUUUUGAUUCAAAAUAUUAAAUAUCGUUUUUGUAAAAUUAUU